AUGUCCGACAACGCAGAUUGGAAUGAGGAGAACACUAAGCUUUUGUGUGAGUUGUUUGCUGAACAAGUGACGACACACAAUCGCAGUGGCACUCACCUUAACAAGAGUGGCUACAAGAAUGUGAUGGAAAAAUUUAAGGACAAGACCGAGUUGAAUUAUUCCAAAAUGCAGUUCAAAAAUAAAUGGGAUAAGAUGAGAAGAGAGUAUGCCAAUUGGAAAAGAUUGGUUAAGGAAACCGGAUUAGGAUGGGACAAUGAGAAGAAAACCUAUAAAGCACCGGAUAGUAGGUGGAAGCAGCUGAAUAAGGAUUAUCCAGGAAUUAGCAAAUUCAAAGAUGGACCCCUUCAGUUUGAAGAAUUGAAGACUAUCAUGUUUGAAGAUAUUCGGAACUCAGGAGAUGACCAUUGGGCUCCUUCAAGUGGUGCUGCACCUACUAAUCAACAAGAUGCCGAAGCUGAUGAAGCGGAAGACAAGGAUGAAGAUUAUGAGGCUAAUGAAGCAAGUGAUGACUGUGAAGAGUACUCCCCUGAACCUUCACAAGGAAAGCGUCCUGCUCCUUCUAACCGGAAAGACAAGGGUAAAAAACCAAAAAGUUCAGGAGGACAUUGGGUGCAAAAAGAAUUGAGCAAGCUCGUUGCUUUGAGUGAGAGGAGCACUGCAUCAUGUGAGUCUUUGGCAAGGAAGGAUGAAAGUUCUGGUUAUUCCAUCAGAGAUGUCAUGACUUUGGUGAGGGAGUGUGGAGCUGUUCCAGGGACCAAAGAACACUUCAUAGCUUCUCAAGUGUUUGUCAAGCGGGCUAAAAGGGAGAUGUUUAUGACAUUGGAGACGCCGGAAGAACGAUUCCAAUGGCUUACCAUGAAGCAUAUGUGGAUGACUAAGAAUGAUUCAUCCAUGUAG